UGAGGUUUCACACCGUGGAAGUUUAUUUACGCAUGUAAGGUGCUUGUGAACAACUCCUCGUGGUGGCUGGGGACAGUUGAAAUUGAAAUGUGAGGACAGCAGCUUCCUUACAAAAACCAGCAUACUCUUUUAAACUUCCAAGUUGGGUUUCUUUCUUUCUUUCUUUCUUUCUUUAUGUACCAAGAAAUCUUGAGGUAUGGUAGUUGAAGUUUCCCAUUCAGAUAUUUGUUUUGCAAGUCAGGUUUGGUUUGGCUCUCUUUAGUUGGGUGAGAAAAAUGGCGGAUGAGUGAUACAGAAGAAACCAUGGGAAUCAAUUAAUUCACGACUUUUCACCAUUGCAUUUUGAACCUAUAAAAGGUGGAAAUAGUGUUGUGUUGGCCCUUGGGAAUCCUGAGAUUAGGACUUGUUUGGACCAUGGCUGAGGUGGAGAGCUUUGACGAUCUUUUGGCUAGUAGGAAGUUAUUGAAAACAAGCUUGGAGAAUUCAAGAGCUCUUGCCUUGGCCUUGGACAAAACUGGACCAAGAUUAGCGGAGAUAGACAGAAAGUUGGCAUCUUCGGAAGCUGCUAUUAGGCCUAGCUCUUCCAAGAAUUGCACAUUUGCUGCUAUUAGAGAUCAUGUCAGCCUUGCUCUUGGCCCUGCUGUAGCAGUUCUGAAGAUCUUCAAUUCCAUUCGUGAGCUUGAGAAGUCGCUGUUCUCAGGCCCAUUUUCUGAUCUCUCCUCUUACCUUUCAACCAUUAGACAGUUUGAAGAAGCACUAAAAUUUCUCACAGGCAACUGCAACCUGGCAAUUCAAUGGUUACAAGGUGUUAUGGAAUUGCUGGAAGAUAAUUCUGUUGCCGAUGGUAAGUACAUCGUGAACCUUAGACGAUCAUUAUCAAUUUUACAAGAGUUGCAAGCAACUAGGGAACAUGCUUGUCUCUCUGGUGCAUUUGACAAGCUGGAAAUUUCAUUCAAGCAGAUUUUGGCAGAUAUUAGUGUUCCACUGGCAUUAACCUCUUUAACAGCAGAGCAAGCCUGUGAUGCAGCAACACCUUUUCCGGUGCUUAUACUUCAGAAGUUACAGGCGAUUGUUGAGAGACUAAAUGCCAGUAACAGGCUUAAGAACUGCAUGUCCAUAUUUGUUGAAGUUCGGAGUCUGAAUGCUAGAAAAAGUCUGCAAGCUCUUGAUUUGGCUUACCUUGAGAAGGCAAUCACAGAUUUUGAUGACGUCCAGGAUAUGGAAAGGUGCAUAGAAGAGUGGAGCAAGCAUAUGGAGUUCAUUGUGAAGCAUGUGCUGGAACUUGAGCACAGGCUCUGCAAGGAAGUCUUUGGAAGUAUUGCAACUGGCGUUUGGAUGGACUGCUAUGCGAAGAUUGCAGCCCAGUCUGGAAUUCUUUCUUUCCUCCAGUUUGGGAUGAGCAUUGCUGAGAGUAAGAACUGCCCUAUCAAACACUUGAAUUUGUUGCGCAUUUUCUCUGUUCUAGAAAAUAUGAGAAUGGAUUUCAACAAGCUUUUUGGAGGGGAAGCUUGCGUUGAAAUCAAAACCAUGACAAGCGAUCUGGUCACGAAAGUUGUUAAUUGCGCUAGCGAGAUUUUCUGGGAACUUCCAGUACAAGUGGAGCUGGAAAGACAAAGUUAUCCCCCUAAAGAUGGAGGCGUUCCAAGGCUGGUAAGCUUCGUGACUGGUUAUUGUAAUCAGUUGCUGGACGACAAAUACAGACCAGUCUUGACCCAAGUACUGAAAAUCUGUCAAGGUUGGAAACAUGAAAAAUAUGAAGAGGGACUUGUUACCAACCAGAUUUACAGCAUAGUAAGAGAAAUCGCAGUCAACUUGGAUGCUUGGUCAAAAACCUAUGAGCAAAGGCCGUUGUCCUACAUAUUCAUGAUGAAUAAUCAUUCUCAUUUCCACAGCCUGAAAGGCACAGAGCUAGGGAAUCUGAUGGGAGAUUCUUGGUUAAGUGCUCAUGGACAGUACAGGGAAUACUAUUCAGCUCUCUACUUGAGAGAGAGCUGGGGGAAACUUCUUACUUGUCUAAGCCAGGAUAAUCCAGUUUCAUCUGAUUUGCGUAAGAGGCUGAAGGCAUUCAAUGAAGCCGUUGAUGACAUGUACAGCAAGCAGUCCAAUUGGGUCAUUUUCGACGAAAGCUUGAGACAGAAGAUGCACCAGCUUGUAGUGCAGGCUUUGGUGCCUGCUUAUAGAAGUUACUUGCAGAAAUAUAGCCUUCUAGUCGAGCACAGUGAUACCACUAGGACUCCAAAAUAUACGGCGAAAAGCUUGGAAAACAUGCUUAACACUCUCUUUCAGCCAAGGCAAAUAAAAUACCGGAGCACCAUAGACUCACAUUUCACCGGUAAACAGAGAAAUGCAGUAACCAACCAGUUUCGCUUGACACUAACAGCUAUGUAACAGCAGGGCUCCGCAUGUUUUAUCAAAUAUAAGAUUUAACUUCACCCUUUUUUCCUCCCUGUUUCCCUUGUUGAAUUCACGUUGUUGGAAUGCCAUAUGGACGACUGCUAUCCAUCCUAACAUUUGAAAAAUGGUAGGCCAUCUACAGUUGGCAAUGGUGGUUGAUGAGGCAGUUCACAAGUUCAAGUAUUUAAUGACAACGGGUAUCCCUUACCUUUUUCCAGAAAGUCUUGUUACUGUUUGUUCAGCAAAAGAGUUAAAAGGAAUUUCAUCGAACUCUUGUCUUAUGCUCUGAAAUUAGAUUCUAAAGCAAGAAAUCGAUGUUGCUUGGUGGUUCCUUUUGGCUUAAAAGGUGAGGUUUCUUGCUUGGAUUGGAUUGAUGUUCCUUGAUAUGUGGUGGAAGUUAGGUGAGAACUUAGAUGAGCUGACGGAACGAAGUAAGCAACACAAAUAACGACAUUUAACAGCCUUAGGCCUCUGAAUUUUCCCCUUUUUUGGGAAUGCCUCUGACAUUGUACAGCCUUCAUUUGACAGUCACUGUCCCGAGGCACUGAUGAAAAGUAGCUACCAAACUUAACAGCCAACAAUGUCUUUGGACCUGUCAAACUUUCAAAAUUUGUUAGAAAUGUUGGAAAUGCAAUGUUAUGUGUCACGGAUACAAAAUUGAAGUUGUGAAUCCUACAUCGAUUAACGAUAAACCUUUAUUAUAUUAGAGCCCUUAAUCUCACAUCUACUAUCUAUCAAAAUAUAAACUUUUUAUGCAACAAAAUCAUAAUUUUAAAAUUCAAUGAAUCAGAAUGGACAAUACUUUACAAGUUAAUAUGAAUCAUAACACCAUACUAGCCACAGGAAUUUCUUUUUGCACACAUUAUUGUGGUGCGGACAAAAUAGCAACCUUUGCACUAUCAAAUUUUCCAUUAGCCAUUGGGUGGUAAUUUUCAAUUUACAUGCCAUUUAGAUUUCAUUCUCUUCAUUAGCUGCCAAACUCAUCAGAUUUUCCAAACUUGGAGGGAUUGUUGGACAUUCAAACGACAGAACUGUCCCAACCCAAUUGGUUAACAGCAUUUUACCGAAGGUGCUUCAUUGUUUGUCAGACCGGGACCAACCAUAACUACUGAAUCAGUCUCUACCAAUUCAGAAACCUACUUAGAUUUAGGCUCAGGGUUCAAUUCAUGGCAUUAUGCAUAGCUCUAUGACAUCACAAUGAAUUGUCUAGUACCAUAAUAGACCAUUGCUCCAGGUCCAACUUUCUACCAUAAUCAAGAUCGAGCAAAGAAAGUUUUCCAAUCAUCCAAUCGUUGAUUCGAACCCAUGUCAAAGUCCACACAGUGGACUAAGGGGAUACAUCAUACGUCAUACCCAUAAAUCCCAUCCUACCUAUCCUAACACCAAACUUGAGACUUCCAAGAUGAUAUUCCAAGUUCUAACCACUAGGGUAAAAGGCAGCAGUUGGUAAAAAAGCUACAGUUCGAGACUUUUUGAGAUUUUGAAUAUGAACAAAUUU